ACACCAUAAAUAGCAGAGCCGAGAACUAGUUGAACUCUCCUGCAUGGCAGUGGGCUGCAUGCAAGGACCUUCCCUUGAAUAGGGACGCCUCUCAAGAUUACUUCUCAAGGCUGAGAGAUUCCUUACCCACGACGGAUUCUCAGACAAAGAGUCCCAAAAGCCAUGAAGGCACUCUGUUCCUCAGUCUGCUUUACAGAGGACAAAAGCUACUGCUUCUGAGAACAAAUUAUGACAUCAACAUCUAAAGGAAUUUUCCGGCCAUUUUUGAUUGUCUUCAUUGUUCUUGGUUGUUUCAUGGCAUUUAUACUAAUUUAUAUUAAACCAACAAGCAGCUGGAUCUCUACUCCUGUGGAAUCAGCCAGCUCAGUUUUGAAAAUGAAGAGCUUCUUUUCUUCCAAAACUGAUAAUUUUAAUGAAACUAUUAUUUUGGUUUGGCUUUGGCCAUUUGGCCAGACAUUCGAUCUAACAUCUUGCCAAACGAUGUUCAACAUCCACGGGUGCCAUCUGACUAUUGACCGCUCAUUAUAUAACAAGUCCCAUGCAGUUCUCAUUCAUCACAGGGACAUUAACUGGGAUCUGACUAAUUUACCUCAACAAGCCAGGCCACCAUUCCAGAAAUGGAUUUGGAUGAACUUGGAAUCUCCAACUCAUACUCCACAAAAGAGUGGCAUUGAACACCUCUUUAACCUAACCCUGACUUACCGGCGUGAUUCAGAUAUUCAGGUGCCUUAUGGCUCCAUGAUGGUCGGUACAGGCUCCUUUACAUAUGAAGUGCCAAGUAAAGAAAACUUGGUUUGUUGGGUUGUAAGUAACUGGAACCCUGAGCAUGCUCGAGUCAAGUAUUACAACGAACUUAGCAAAUACAUUGAAAUCCAUACCUACGGGCAAGCCUUUGGAGACUACGUCAAUGAUAAAAACUUAAUUCCAACUAUCUCCAGUUGCAAAUUCUACCUUUCAUUUGAAAAUUCAAUCCACAAAGAUUACAUUACUGAGAAACUUUACAAUGCUCUUCUGGCUGGAUCAGUACCAGUCGUACUGGGCCCUUCCAGAGAAAACUAUGAGAAUUACAUUCCAGCAGACUCUUUUAUCCAUGUGGAAGAUUUUCUAUCCCCAAGAGAUCUGGCAGAGUAUCUUCUGAUGCUUGACAAAAAUAACAAGAUGUACCUUAGUUACUUCAACUGGAAGAAGGAUUUCUCAGUGCAUCUUCCUAAAUUCUGGGAAUCGCACGCAUGUCUUGCUUGUGAUCAUGUGAAAAGACACCAGGAAUACAAGUCAAUUGGAAAUUUAGAAAAAUGGUUUUGGAACUAAUUUGUGUGUGUGUUUAGGUAUGCACUUUUUUGAAGAAGCUAAUGGAUCUUUAGUCUAAGUGGAGAGUAAAGGAAUAAGAAAAAAAGAAGGAUGAACCUCACAGAACCUUACGUCAAGGUUUAUCAGCCAUCCUCUCUUGGCUGAUCCUAUUUAUAUUUUGUAAGAGAUUUUAAGAAUUAUGAGCAGCAGUCAUCAAUACUCAGUUUUAAAUUAUAAUGUACAUACUAAUUAUGUGCACUGAAGAACAUAUGAUUGUUUACUAUAAUUUUUAAACAAGAUUUUUCACAUUUUUUGUGGAGAAUGUCUCAGUCUUACACAUAAAUUGACAUUUUAAACAAUUUUUUUCUUUUUUCU